UCGUAGUUGCAAUACUUAAGUUUAGACGUCAAUCUCUUCAACUUACCGUAAUAGCAGAAAGCUAAUUUUAAAUAGCAAGUUUAAUUUUUUAAAAGCUAUACACUUUCACUUUCACUUUUCUUCGAAACAUAUCGAAUAAUGUUGAAUUUAACACUUUUAUAACAGCAAAAGCAUUAUAUUUACAAAAAUAUAAUAAAAAGAAAGAUGUACGACACGUUCCGUUAUUUUUUUUAACGUCCGAAUACCAUAGAUUGUUAAGAAUCUCAAAGCAUGAAGGCGCACUUGGAAAUUUAAAGUUCCCCCUAUCUUUUACUCAUUAAAUCACAAUUGACUCUUACAAGGGUGGUACAUCUGUAGCGUAAACCAUAAAAUAAAACAUAAGAUAGCAUAUCACAAAUUUGUUUAACGAAUUACCAUUUUGUUCACGAAUUAAAUGAAAAAAUUCCUGAAACAACGUUUAGCCUUGUCAUAUUCAAUCUUGUUUUAUUAGAACCAUUUCGAUUAUCAGUACUGGGUAAAACGAACAAUCAAGUUAAAGCAUUUGGAAUUUGGUGAUGACCGAGUUGCAAUAGGUGUCGAAUGAAUAACUAGCACAUGUGCGUAUAAUACACGCAGUUCAGCAGUAUCUGUCUAUACAUCUGUAAUAGAUAGGAGAGAAGACUAGGGGAGUAAUGAGUAGGUAACUGUUAGUUACAUCGGAGUUCCGUGUGAUCGUCAUACGUUGUCUGUACUCGUUGCUUUGCUCGAAUCAUCAUGCCACGCUCUACGGUGAUGUUAUUUCUGUUAAUUGUACUACUACUAAAUAGCCAGGAAAUUCUUGGUCGAAGAGGACGAGGCAGAGGAAAAACCAGAUCGCGAGUCCAAAUAGGACUGCCUAUCACUGGAAAGUAUCGUGAUCCAGAAAGUGAUCAAUAUUAUAAUAAUCAUGAUGGAGCAAAAAUAGUCUUGGCAUCGCACUUUGAUUUAGAGUACGUUUUAGGACAUAAAAUCGCUUUCCUUUGCGUGGCACGUGGAAACCCACGGCCACACAUCACAUGGUUCAAGGAUGGUGCUGAAAUCUAUACACAUCUUUAUCUACAUGUACACGAAUGGCAAGUCGGACCAGAUAAAGUGAAAUCGAAACUGGAAAUAGAUCCUGCGACACAAAUGGAUGCUGGAGUCUACGAAUGUACAGCCGAUAAUAUGUACAGUAUCGAUCGAAGAUCCUUCAAGACUGACUUUUCCAUCGCUUUCGAUUAAGUUUCCUUUUUCACAAUACUUUAGUACGAAUAUAGAUGAAAUCGAAAAUUAUUGCCUUUAUGAUGUUGGUAAAAUAACUAGUGAUAAAAAGAACAUGAAAUGAUUUUCACGAAAUGUAUAAUGUUUGCACAUGUAUGAAUAGUUAGACUAUAAAUAAAGUACGUUGCAUUAAAAUA